UCCAGUACAAGGAACCUGUUCAACCACUGCUAAAGACCUACAAGAUUCUAUCGCACUAGUCCAAUGUCCAUCGGAUUGCAUGGUUAAUGGAAGAAAUGCCUAGGGAACUGAUGUCUAUACUGAUGAUUCCUCCAUUUGCAAAGCAGCUAUCCAUGUUGGAAUACUGGGUAAUAAUGUAGGAUUAGUGACAGUGGAAAAAAAACCUGGACUGUCGAGUUACACUGGAUCAACAAGGAAUGGAGUCAAAACAACCAGUUAUGGAUCUCGGUCUGGAUCAUUUGUAUUACAUGGUUCCUCACAACCACCAAUUCCUAAACCUACAGAAGUACCAACCCAAAAACCUCCAGUACAAGGAACCUGUUCAACCACUGCUAGAGACCUAAAAGAUUCUAUCGCACUAGUCCAAUGUUCAUCAGAUUGCAUGGUUAAUGGAAGAAAUGCCUGGGGAACUGAUGUCUAUACUGAUGAUUCCUCCAUUUGCAGAGCAGCUAUCCAUGUUGGAAUACUGGAUAAUAAUGUAGGAUUAGUGACAGUGGAAAAAAAACCUGGACUGUCGAGUUACACUGGAUCAACAAGGAAUGGAGUCACAACAACCAGUUAUGGAUCUUGGUCUGGAUCAUUUGUAUUACAUGGUUCCUCAGAACCACCAAUUCCUAAACCUACAGAAGUACCAACCCAAAAACCUCCAGUACAAGGAACCUGUUCAACCACUGCUAAAGACCUACAAGAUUCUAUCGCACUAGUCCAAUGUCCAUCGGAUUGCAUGGUUAAUGGAAGAAAUGCCUGGGGAACUGAUGUCUAUACUGAUGAUUCCUCCAUUUGCAAAGCAGCUAUCCAUGUUGGGAAUACUGGAUAAUAAUGUAGGAUUAGUGACAGUGGAAAAAAAACCUGGACUGUCGAGUUACACUGGAUCAACAAGGAAUGGAGUCACAACCACCAGUUAUGGAUCUUGGUCUGGAUCAUUUGUAUUACAUGGUUCCUCAGAACCACCAAUUCCUAAACCUACAGAGUCCAAUGUCCAUCGGAUUGCAUGG